GCCCCAAAACACCAGCCCACCCCACCACACUCCCCCACUCACUCACUCUCUUUCUCUUGCUGUCUUUAAGUCACAGUCUCUCUCUCUGUUUCUGUUACGAUCUCUCUCUGUCUUUCACCUGUCGCCCUAAUUGCAUGCCUACCGUUAUUUUGGCGUAAGCGUAAACCUUACUCGUAAUGCUUACUCGCACACUGUGCAUUUGUGUGUGUGUGAGUGUGUGCAGAGCACAAUACUUCCCUAUGCCUUAUCUUAUCUAAUCAGUGCAAAUGAUGUGUGUUAUAGUAUCGUUGCUGCCCCUCACCCCGCACGAUUCAAGUUAGAUUGACCAACACCAAUUAGAUUCACAAUGUUGCCAAUUAUUAAAUGAGUGUAUGUCGUUAACAAACAAAUCGAAUUGGAAUUGUAUCGCAAGUGCUUGACAAGCCAAUCUGCACCCCCUUUUCCACAUCUCCAAUUAGACUAUUUUUUGGAGAGAUAAACUUAUUAGAUCUUUUAUUUUAAAUAUCUGAGUUUUUAAUUAAUUUCAUUGGUUUUUUUAUAGACGAAAUAGUCUUUAUUUAACAAAAGAUAUAAAUAGCAUUUAAUGACUUUGUAAGUGAUAACAGUAAUCGAGCACUCUGUCUAAAUAUGUGUUAAGACUAAGCAAUUGGUUAAAGAUCAGAGAUCGCCCAAACAACGUCAUGAAUCAACAGCAAGAACAUCAGCAGAAAGAGCAACGACCUGACCGUAAACAAAGUCGACGUCCUCGCCAAGUAAGACACUUCCAACCAGGUGCCCAGGAUCAAACAGAUGCCUCUUCCGCCCCUUCAACUCCAGCGCCAUCUAUAAUCAAUCAGCAAAGAACUAAUAGACCGAUUGGCCAGCCGAGAGUUACGGGAUUAGCAGCAUCAUCUGGCUCAAACCCAGCACCCAAGAUCGCGACUAAAGCGCUGAGCACCACACUUACAGCUGAGAAGAACGACGUCUUGUUGACAGAUGCCAUCCUAGUGGAUGGCGCCUGUGCAGGUGUGCCUUGCGAGAAAGAUCGACAUUUUCAACUCGACUUCUGCCAAUACAUCCAGCUAGUUACAUCGACCUAUCGCGUGAUGACACGCCAGGAUCGAGCUAUGCAGAAGUACCUCUCUCAGUCACAGUUCCAGUAUUAUUGCGUAAUAUUACUGCGGAAGCGGUUGAAGUUUGUGCUAACCGCACGAGGUGACGGGGUUAAUUCCUAUGAAGCAUUAAAAAGGAAGCUCCUCUCAAUGGUAAUACCUAAUGAGAUUGGACACUACUUGGAUGGAAUCGGUAACAUCACCGAUUACAACGAGGGCGUGUGAAUGUGACAAAUCACAACCACUAUGAAACGCUUCCCUCUCCGUUCGUCGUUGUGUAUAGGAUGUUGAUGGACAUGACUGUUACAGUCGGCCAACGCAGCAAUAUCGACAUCGCUACACAAUGGGACCUUCCUGCAGAAUUGACGCCAGCUGGCUCAUUCUUGCCGAACAAGAACCUUUUAGGUUGGAGUCCCGCCGAACCCCUAACGGAUGAGCAAGAACGGAUGUUACUAUCCUCCGGGAUUGCAGUAGAACUAAAUCUCGAUGAAGACGUUCCCAGUCCGGUAUUCGAUGUUAGCGGGCUGCAAAGUUUUGAGGGUAUGCCAAUAGCCUAUACCUUACUACUCGCUACUCGCUAUUUCCGAAAUAAACGAAAUAAAAUCAAAAUGUUCACACUAUACACUUGUGCGUACUUAUGUCUAAACACAUAUUUAGACAACUCUUUAUUGCUUUUAAUUUUGGUUUACAAAUCGUUAUCUUUUCAAUUAUAUUACCUUGGGUUCUACGUUCUGAUAACACUUUUUCGAUUGAAUAAAUAGAUUGCCCUGAAUCAUAGAUUUUAUACGAUUUCUCGUCAUUUUUGUGUCAACAAAAGACGGAGUUGAUUAAACAAAACUUUAUACUCACAUGCCUGUUAUUAACUAGAUGAACUUUUAAUGAAAAAUGUUAAAAUUUCUAAAUUUUUGUGUCACCAACGGCAAAAUUAUUGAACAUUUCUGAUAAAACUUAUAAAGUAUAUGGCAAGCACUUUGCUUUUUGAAACUACCAACAAAUUGCUCAAUGAAAUGCUUUAAAAAAUACAUAAAUGUUAGUGCCUGGAAAAUAUAUACAAACAUAUAUGCCACCACCUGAAUCCCUGGUAGACGCCAGCAAUAUAAUCCUAUAUGUGUAUGGAAAGCCUACCGAACUCCAGCUUCCUGAUCCCAGAGCACAUUUCAAUGUUGGGCAUUACUAAACUCAGACUAAAACACACCCACAGGCAGCUCGACUUAGGCGUCAAGGAUUCGCACAGUCCAAGGUAAAACCGAUGGUCAAAAUGGCAGCGAGGGACCAACCCGAACUGAACUGAUUUGCUCUGAUUUUGCAAGUGCUACGUUUUGAGUAUGCUUUUGAUUCGAUCGUAUAUUGCUUUGCAUUCGUUUCGUUGUUAAAACUAUUUUCAUUUACUAAGCAUAAGCCAAGCCGUUGAAAUG